AUGAUGAGCGCGCCGGUCGGUGCCGCUGCAUCAGCGGCAUCAGGGAGCAGGCGGCUGUUGCUGCGGACCUCUCCCUUGUUGUUGCAGAGUUCUGACUCAGCUGCUACGAUGCGUUAUGGGGCUGUGCAACAGCAGUUGCUGCAUGCUCUCGUGCGUCACCAGCCAGGGAUGUGGGAACGCACGGGCAACUUUGUGUACCGCUGGCUCGACGUCACCGGCUUUCUUACCCGCUGGAAUUCUCGGCAGGCGUGGAUCUUGGACCUGGAUCCGUACAGCCGACUAGCCACUCCCCUAAUUACUGAGUAUGAGCGUAAGAUGAUCAUGUUCGUCGGGCUGCAUGCCUACUUCUUCUUCGGGGUGGCACUGUACCUCGCCUAUAAGGGCCACGCGCACGGCGCGGUUAAGCCACCCGUUCCUUCGAAUGCUGAUUUCGUGGGCUUGGAUGGUCGCAAGAAGGACUUCACUUGGCAUGGCCGUCUGUUUUUCAUUUCUCCCAAGGAGCGAUGCAAAGAAUGCAGAUGGCUGGAUCUAGAGUGCAAGAAGAACUGCUUCGAGGCGCUCAAGGCUCAGGGGCACAAGCUUAUUCUUAACCACGGAAACCCGCUGUCUGUACCGAGGGGUACUCUGAAGCCGUUCCACACUCAUUGA